AUGACUACCGCCCCAGCUGAGCCGUACUGGGUUGAGUCGGAAGACUGGCACACUGCCGGCGAGCCGUUCCGAAUUGUCACCAAGUUCCCACCUGGCCAUGAGACAGAGGGACAAACUGUUGAAGAGCGCCGUCUCAACAUUAUGGCCCUGCCCAACCAUCCCCUUGACGUUCUCCGAAAAUCCCUCUGCCACGAGCCUCGUGGCCAUGCCGAUAUGUACGGCGGUUUCAUCACCCCUCCCAAUGAUGCCGGCGCUCUAUUCGGCGUUCUCUUCUGGCAUAAUGACGGGUUCUCUACUGCCUGUGUUCCGGAAAAUGGAGAGGUUGACGUGGUUAUUGAUGUCCCUUCGGGAAGAGUCAAGGCUCGGAUGGCGAUCAAGGACCAUAAGCCCAUUCACGCCGAGUUUAUCCAGGUUCUCAGCUAUCAAUGGGCCAAGGAACUCAUUGUCACUUUGCCCUCUCGCUCCUUGGAUAUCAAGGUCGAUUUGGUCUGGUCAGGCGCCGUUUAUGCCAGUAUCGACCUAAGCCAGAUUGGGCUGGCAGUCUCACCCGACAAUCAUGAUGACUUUGUCCAAUUAGGCCGGGAAGUGAAGGCUUCACUCGGCCAACGAACCCUCCAUCGAGGCUACGAGCUCUACGCCAUCAUCAUUUUCAACGAGGAAGACGGAGCCCGGGAUGAGUCUGGAGUUGUGAGACAGAGGAACGUUGUUGUUUUUGCGGACGGACAAAUUGAUCGUUUGCCCUGCGGCUCUGGGACCUGCUCCAGGCUGGCGGUUCUCUUAUCUCAAGGUCGAGUCGGUGCAGGCCGAGGAAAGCUGAUUCACCAAAGUAUUAUUGGGACAUAUUUUGAAGCAGACGUCCUCUCGGAGGAGCCUUCGCCCGUGGAUGGGUUCAAGGCCUGUAUUCCUCGGGUCCGUGGUAAUGCCAACCUGGUCGGCCAGAUGAGCUUCUUGAUCGACCCCAGCGAGCAUAUUCCCCGGUUUCCUCUUUCGCUAGGUAGACAAACAACUAGGUUAGGCAGAGUAUAA